UCACAAUCUUCCCGCCCCAUCCGCAAUGGCUUCAAUUGCACGGUGCUUGAGGGUUGCCCGGCCCUCCGGUCUUUCUGCCGUUAUCAAGGGCUCUGCUUAUCGCACAAUCGCCGUCCGACCCUUCUCUGUCACGGCAGCAAAUGCGAUAAGGAGAUACACCAAGGAGCAUGAAUGGAUCGACCUCUCUGCCGACAAGAAGACGGGAAUCAUGGGCAUCAGCGAGUACGCCGCUAAGGCGCUGGGCGAUAUCGUCUACGUCGAGCUUCCUGACGAGGGCAAGGAGGUGAAUGCCGGUGACACCAUCGGCGCUGUCGAGUCUGUCAAGAGUGCGGCCGACAUCAACUCCCCCGUCUCUUGCAAAAUCACCCAGGUCAACCUCCUGUUGGAGGAGAAACCCGGCACCAUCAAUCAAGUCGCCGAGGACGACUCACACGGCGGUGGCUGGAUCGCAAAGGUGCAGCUUACCGACCAGGGCCUCAACGACUUUGAGAAGUUGAUGGAUCAGGCUGCAUAUGAAGAAUUUACCGCGACGGAGGACGAACAUUGAGAAGAUUAAACCUGGCGGAGGUGUAGAGUGACGCCAGUGCUACGGGGGGUAGCCGGGCAGGAGGAGCCGCGCUUCCAUCCAUCAUUCCAUUUUCCUCUUCGGACAGCUCAACCUGAUAGAUACAAGGGCCCUGGAUCUGUACCAUACUAUGGGCCAUUGGGACAUAACGGUGUUUGGUUUCCUUUGCGCAUCUCGAAUUCGAACAGGCGUUCACCAGGCGCGGAGAAUUACAGACCCGUGAUGCAAUCAACUGCAGGAAGCAACAAGUGGCUGGCAACGACCGCUUGUAUGAGAGAUAGAUUCAACAGGUGGGAACCCGUCGGGCCUAGGGUAAUGAUAUAG